AUGGAGAAGCCGCCGGGGGCUUCGCCGCAGACCGCCGCGGCAGCCGCGGAGGUGGCGGCGCAGUUCAGGUCGCUCGUCAGCGCCGAGGACGUGGAAUCCAUCAAGCAGGCGCAGCACCUCAUACUGGGGCGAUUGCAAGAUAGUAAUGCAGUUCUCACACAUUUCAACGAGUAUUCUGAGCAAUGCUUUGCGGAGGUGUCCAGUGACCUUGCUAGCAAAGCUCGCCUUCUCAAGUCGAUGAAGGAUGAUCUUGACCAUAUUUUCAUGAAGCUGAGAAGCAUGAAAUCAAGGUUAGCAACAACAUAUCCAGACGCUUUCCCUGAUGGCGCGAUGGCAAAGACCAUGGACCAAAGACCAGAUCUUGAAACUCCUCUGGAAUAG